AUGUAUAAUGUUUUUUUUUUACUUCCUUCCUUUCAUAUUCCUUCCAUUCUUUUUCUUUCCUUCUAUCCAUCCAUUUUUCUUCCUUUCUUUUUUCCCUUCUUCCUUCCUUCCUUUCUUUCGUAUUCCUUCCAUUCAUUUUCUUCCCUUCUAUCCUUCCAUUUUUCUUCCUUUCCCUUCUUCUUUCCUUUUAUAUUCCUUCCAUUCUUUUUCUUUCCUUCUAUCCAUCCAUUUUUCUUCCUUUCUUUCUUUCCCUUCUUCCUAUAUUUCCUUCCAUUCUUUUUCUUUCCUUCUAUCCAUCCAUUUUUCUUCCUUUCUUUCUUUCCCUUCUUCCUUCCUUUCAUAUUCCUUCCAUUCUUUUUCUUUCCUUCUAUCCAUCCAUUUUUCUUCCUUUCUUUCUUUCCCUUCUUCCUUCCUUUCAUAUUCCUUCCAUUCUUUUUCUUUCCAUCCAUUUUUCUUCCUUUCUUGAAAGAAUUCUUCCUUCCUUUCGUAUUCCUUCCAUUCUUUUUCUUUCCAUCCAUUUUUCUUCCUUUCUUUUUUCCCUUCUUCCUUCCUUCCGUAUUCCUUCCAUUCUUUUUCUUUCCAUCCAUUUUUCUUCCUUUCUUUUUUUCCCUUCUUCCUUCCUUCCUUUCAUAUUCCUUCCAUUCUUUUUCUUUCCUUCUAUCCAUCCAUUUUUCUUCCUUUCCCUUCUUCCUUCCUUUCGUAUUCCUUCCAUUCUUUUCUUUCCUUCUAUCCAAUGUCCUCCCUCUUUCUUUUUGCUUCCUCCCAUCCAUUUUUCUUCCUUUUUUUCUUCCUUUCUUUUGUCAUUCUUUUUUCUUUCUUUCUUUCCCUUCCUUAUAUCCAAUUUCCUUUCAUUUUCUUUCUGUCCGCCAUUUUCCUUUCUUUCAUUUUCUUUCCGUCCAUCCCUUUUCCUUCUUGCCUAGUUUCUUUUUCUAUCUUUCUUUCUUUCUUAUAGUUUUUUUCACUUCUAUCUUUCUUUCUAAAUUAUUCUUUCUUUCUUUCUUUAUUCUUUCUUUUUUUUUUUUCUUGCUAUUUCUUUCUUUCUUACUGAUUUUUCUUUCUUUCUUUUCUUUCUUUCUUUCUAUUUUCUUUCUUUCUUUCUGUCUUUCUUACAUUUAUUUUUUCUUUCUUCUUUUCUGUCUUUCUUACUUUUUUCUUUUUCUUUUUUUCUUUUCUUUUUAUUUUUUUCUUUCUUGUCUUUCUGUCUUUCUUUUUUUUCUUUCUUGCUUUCUUUCUAUAUUUUUAAAACUAUUUUUUCUUUCUACUUUUUUCUUUCUUAAAGUUUCUUUCUUUUUUCUUUCUUUCUGUCUUUCUCCAAAAUAUCUUUCUUUCUUUCUUACUAGUUUCUUUCUUUCUUUAUCUUUCUUACUAAAUUCCCUUUUAUUUGUUUUUCGUUCUCUUCUUUUCCGCCUCCUUCCCUUUCUUUGUCUCAUCAUUUGUGACACAUAUUCACGCCCACACCAUAACCUUCCUUCCUUAUCUUGCCUAAUUUCUCUCUGCCCUUACCUAGCUAGCCAUCUUUCGUAUCUAUCCACCACUCGAUCUCUUUCUGUAUCUAUCUACCUUUCUAUCGUCUCGUAUCUAUAUAUCUACCUUUCCGUAUCUAUCUACAUUUCUAUCUAUUCAAUCUAUCUUUCAGUAUCUAUCUAUCUAUCUAUCUAUCGGUAUCUAUCUAUCUUUCGGUAUCUAUCUAUCUGUCUAUCUUUCGGUAUCUAUCUAUCUGUCUAUCUUUCGGUAUCUAUCUAUCUAUCUAUCUUCCGGUAUCUAUCUAUCUAUCUAUCUAUCGGUAUCUAUCUAUCUAUCUAUCUAUCUUUCGGUAUCUAUCUAUCUUUCGGUAUCUAUCUUUCGGUAUCUAUCUAUCUAUCUAUCUAUCUAUCUUUCGGUAUCUAUCUAUCUAUCUAUCUAUCUAUCUAUCUAUCUUUCGGUAUCUAUCUAUCUUUCGGUAUUUAUCUAUCUUUCGGUAUCUAUCUAUCUAUCUUUCGGUAUUUAUCUAUCUUUCGGUAUCUAUCUAUCUAUCUUUCGGUAUUUAUCUAUCUUUCGGUAUCUAUCUAUCUAUCUUUCGGUAUUUAUCUAUCUUUCGGUAUCUAUCUAUCUAUCUAUCUUUCGGUAUAUUUAUCUAUCUUUCGGUAUCUAUCUAUCUAUCGGUAUCUAUCUAUCUAUCUUUCGGUAUCUAUCUAUCUAUAG